CUACCACUGCAUCCUAAACACCAGAAAAUGCUAUUGUCCAAAAUGUGCUGUUCAGAUCCCUCUCUAACUUUACUGAUUUCUUUAAAAUGUAUUUGCAGCCUGUAUACAAGGAAGGAAGAAAUGGUUUGGGAGUUACUUAAGAAAACAAUUUUUCUCUUCAUGACUGUGGUUGGCAUUCUGGGAAACAUGUCAGUUUCUGUGAAUUAUAUGUUCAGUUGGUGGGGAAGCCUUGAGAAGAAACCCAUACAUCUUAUUCUCAUCCACUUGGCUUUUACAAACAUUCUAUUCCUUCUUCUGAAAGGAUUGCCUAAGACAAUGGUAGCUUUUGGUUUGAGAAGCUUCCUGGAUGACAUAGGCUGUAAAAUAAUUGUUUACCUGCAGAGGGUGGCCCAUGGUCUCUCCCUCUGCACCAGCAGUCUCCUCACUGUGGUCCAGGCCAUCAUCAUCAGUCCCAGAGCAUCUGGGUGGAGGAGGCUCAGGCCAAAGUCUUUAUGGCACAUCCUUCUUUUUUUUCUAUUCUUUUGGGUAACCAAUGCAUUGAUAAGUGUGAAUGUAAUCCAUUCCAUCACAGGUACAGGUCUGAAUAUAUCACAUCUUAAAAAUAGUGACAACUAUUGCUAUUUUAUGCCAGAAAGUCAGGAAAUAAAAUGGGUUGUUCUCCCUCUCAUGGUCUUAAGAGAUGCAGUGUUUCAGGGUGCCAUGGGAGGAUCCAGUGGCUACAUGGUAUUUCUUCUCCACAAGCAUCACCAGCAUGUCCUCUACCUUCAGAACUCCAAAUUACAAUAG